GAGACUUCUCUCAAGCUUGUCGUUUCACCGAUACACCAUUUCCAAAUAGGCCAAGAAGCACAAGCAACCUUACUAGUACAAACCGAACUUCAACCGAAUUCCAAUCAACUUCACCGGUCACCACCUUCAAUUUCAUCUUCAUCUUUCGUCGUAUCAAACCCUAGCGAAAUCUGAUACAAUUUUGGACCAUCUUCUUCUCUUUCGCACACAUUAAACGCGAAUUCCCCCUCCCUCAAUCCCUCUACGCGUGUUUCAGAUUUCAAAUCCCCAUUCCCAAACCCUAAAAGUCUAAACCCCAGUGCUGUUGCCGACGGCCGACGGCCAAACUGCCGUGAAAAGCCACCACUGGUGCUGUUGCUGACGUGACGAUUGCCGUGAAGUCAGUCCUUCGUUUCCCUUGAGUUGCAAUUUCAGAAUUAAAUUCCCCAUUCCCAAAUCCUACUCAAACGAAAUUCGAAAGGCUGCACCUACUGCCGACCGGCGACCUUCCGUGAAGUCAAGACACCAGGGCCAUCGACGGUCAGACCACCAUUGACCUGCCGUGUUUCAGUCGAAUUUCAGGAAUAAAAAAAUUAUUUGUUAAUUUUACAAACGGAACUCUGUCGAUAUUGCCGGAAGAUUUUCUUAAAAUUUCGUCCAUUUCUUGGUGUCCCUGGUACUCUGAACCCUAGAUCCGCCACUGCUGACUUAGGUUUUCAAUUAUUGCAAUUCAAUGGGAAAGAACGAUUUUUUAACCCCCAAAGCAAUCGCAAACCGAAUAAAAGCUAAAGGUCUCCAGAAACUUCGAUGGUAUUGCCAAAUGUGUCAAAAACAAUGUAGGGAUGAGAAUGGAUUCAAGUGUCAUUGUCUGAGCGAAUCACAUCAAAGACAAAUGCAGAUUUUUGGGCAAAACCCUGAUCGUAUUGUUGAUGGAUACUCGGAGGAAUUCGAAACUACUUUUCUAGAACAUAUGAAAAGGAGCCAUAGAUUUAGUAGGAUUGCUGCUACUGUUGUUUAUAAUGAGUAUAUUGCUGAUAGACAUCAUAUUCAUAUGAAUUCGACAAAAUGGUUAACAUUGACUGAGUUUGUGAAGUAUUUAGGGAGGACAGGGAAGUGUAAGGUGGAGGAGACACCAAAAGGGUGGUUUAUUACUUAUAUUGAUAGGGAUUCCGAGACCCUUUUUAAGGAUAAGAUGAAGAAUAAGAAGCUUAAGGCCGAACUGGCUGAGGAUGAUAAAAAGGAGAGGGAAAUUUUGAAGCAGAUUGAGCGGGCAGAACAGCUUAUGCCUGGGGGGGAGAAUGGGGGGAUGAGUGAGAAGGAGAAGGUAGAGGAGAAGGAGAUGGAGAUGGCGGUUGGGAAAGUUGCAUUUGCUCUUGGUGGUGGAGGAUCAUCAAGGGUUGGGGGAUCGGGAAUUGGGAAGGAGUCGAGAGUGAUGUUUGAAGAUGUUGGUGAGGGUGAGAGAGAGAAGAAGCGAACUAAGAAGGAUGACGGUAAUUCGGUUGGGAACUCAGCUUUAGAGGAAUUAAUGAAAGAAGAUGAGAAGGUUAAGGAACGAGUUAAUAGGAAGGAUUAUUGGUUGUGUGAGGGAAUAAUUGUUAAGGUGAUGAGCAAGAAAUUGGCCGACAAAGGCUAUUAUAAGAAGAAGGGGAUUGUGAAGAAAGUUAUUGAUAAAUAUGUUGGUGAGAUCGAGAUGCUUGAUAUCAAACAUGUUCUUAGAGUGGAUCAAGCCGAGCUUGAGACUGUGAUUCCCCAGAUUGGAGGUUUGGUGAGGAUAGUUAAUGGUGCUUAUCGGGGAUCUAAGGGUAGGUUGCUCUCGAUUGAUAUGGACAAAUACUGUGCCAAGGUCCAAAUAGAGAAGGGUGCAUAUGACGGAAGAGUACUUCAAGCAGUGGAAUACGAAGAUAUCUGCAAGAUUGCUCAGUGACAAACGGAUUGUUUCGAUUGCCUAUCUAUAGCACAUGAAGUAUAUAUUCAGGCAGCUUUCUCAAAUUUAUUUAUGUAUUACUGAAUUUGCUUGUUCUUGUCAUUUCCCUUGUCACAUCGGCUACUGUAUGUUUCGUUGCAGCAUCAAUGAAGGAACCUGUCUUUUUGUUGUAUUAUCAUUUACUGUUCUAUGAAGGCUGAAUAUAAUCUGUUAUGAGUUAUGUCCAUAUCUUGUUCUUGGGU